AUGGCUGCAGAAGACAGCUCCAUUCCGCCGCCAAAGUCGGGGCGUCAUUCCAUCUACCGCGGAAUCCGGUGCCGGAGCGGGAAAUGGGUGUCGGAGAUCCGGAAGCCGCGUCAGACCGCGCGCAUUUGGCUAGGCACGUACGCCACCCCAGAGAUGGCGGCGGCGGCAUACGACGUGGCGGCGAUCGCCCUCAAAGGCCCCGAGGCCAAGAUCAACUUCCCCGCCCUCGCUUCCACGUAUCCGAAGCAUGCCUCCGACGGCGACGAAGACAUACGGGCUGCGGCCUCUGCGGCCGCCUCCGCCAUCGCGCCGCGGAAUGCCAGGGCUGGCGAGGCGUCCUCGAGUGUGGCGGCGGAUGAGUUUUUGGACGAGGAGGCGUUGUUCGGUAUGCCCAAGCUGCUGGAUGACAUGGCGCAGGGCAUGCUCGUCAGCCCGCCAGCGGAGGAGGACCGGUCGCCGGAGGAUUACUCAGGAAACGACACUCUUUGGAGCUAUCCUUAA